UACCUUUGGUCCAAUGGUGUGUAUUAAUAUGGCGCGUAAAACGAAGUACACGAACGUUUCACGAAUGCUUUCGGUACAAUGACGUUUCGUAUGCGCUCACUCGCUCGCACCAGGUUUUCUGACUUCUUCCAGCACAUGACCGGUAAUUUAAGCAACGAAGCGAAUGCUGUCGAGCAAGUCAGCCGAACACAGCAAUGAAAAAAAUAGAAAUAUUUUGUACGACAAAGCAAAAUUUCGUCGCCAUAUUGAAUACGAAGUGAGUGGUAUCAGGUUGUGUGGUGUAGAGAGAAAAUUUUGCAGAUUUUCAAUAAAAUUUUACAUUUGCAAUUUGCAAUUAACAAACAAACAAUUGAAGAUAACACAUUUGUGUACAUGGUUGUGUGUGUGUGAAUGUGUUUUUAAACACAUUUGCUUUGUAAGCAUAAAGCCUAGAAUAGUGAUAAAAAUUGGUGUGAUUGUUAAACAGCAGCGUUUCGUGCAUAUGUCGAUCGGUGUGUGAGCAGCGUGUGCCUAAAGUGUGGUUUAUUAAAAAAAGUGUUUGCCAAGAGUAUUUUCUGCCUGGUCAAUUGAUUUAAGCAAUUACCUUGUGUGCAGAGACUGCACAUCAAAGGAUUAGCGUAACUCUCUCCUAGAACAUAACCUAGACGCGUGAAAUCGAGAUGGAGGCAAGUACCACCGCAUCAACGACAACCCCGACGCAGGCAUCUUCCAACAACGACAAUGAUGAAAAUGUCGAAUUUGAUCCCAGUUUAUCCGAAGAAGAACGACGAUUCUAUCUCAGGGCUUAUCCCACUGUUGAUCUGGUGCGAGAGCGCAAAGUGCACUGCACAGUUUGUAAGUCUCAUAUCGGUACAGCACCGAGCCAAGAGGAGAAUAUCCGAAUGCAUCCGGUGCUGCGAGUAACACAUUGUUUGAAAUGCCACGAUUUCUAUAACAGCGGCGAAUUCAGUAAAGGCGAGGAUGGCUCAGAACUGUAUUGUCGUUGGUGUGGUCAGGGUGGUGAAGUUUACUGUUGCUCCAGCUGUCCCUAUGUAUUCUGCAAAUCAUGUAUUGUUAAGAACCUGUCACGCGGCGUGGUUGUAGAUAUUGAACAGAACGAAAAUUGGAAUUGCUUCAGCUGCGCACCGAAAAUACUUUGGCCAUUGCGUGCACAACAUUGGGCGCUAAUACGUUAUAUAGAGAAACAAAAGAAGCAUAUAGAAGCAAAUUACGCGAGUGAUGCUGAGAAGAGGACGCAGCUGGCACUGGACCGUUCAACAUGCUGCCGUCUUGCCAAAGCGAAAUGCGGAAACAUGUCCGAUUCGAUGGAAAGUCUCGAUUCUGCAACAUCUCGACGCAGUCAAAGCAGUUCUAGCGCAAAGAAGCAGGCGAAAUCCCCAGGUAGCCAUCCACAAGCACCCCCUGCCAAACGUAUGAAAAAUUCCAAUGACGAAGUUGUUUGUACACCUGAUUUGCUGAGCAUGUUGGAGCCGGAUUGUCAAAUUACUGUGCAACAAAAGACACGGCCAGCACCCUCACCCAUCACAUCAACACCGAAAAUUAUAUCCUUACAAACACAUUCGUCAACUUCGAAUAGUAGUGGUAUAACACUAAAAGCGCACAAUAACACUCCACCGCCAUUAGUUUUACGUAACACCGGUAUACCAAUACGUCAUCCCUCGCCGUCACCGAUUGUACGACGUACAGUAAUUGGUGCACGCAAUGCGCCCACAACCGGCAAUCACACGCCCGUUUACCACACUAUCAAUGGAUAUCGCAUCGAUCUGAAUUCGGCAGCGCAACAAGAAACAUUCCGUUUGCCCAAUGGCAAACUGAUACAGGUUAAACGGCAGGGCACAAAUCAACCACAGGCUGGCACACCAUCACCGAGUAGCGCUUGGAUGCGACAGGCAAGCCCCAUAACAGCUAUACAACAUGCAGCCAGCGGACGUCCUGUGCAAAUAACGCCAGCUCGUACGCAAUAUUAUCCAAUAUCGCAACAACACCAACAAAAUUCAAUGCAACAACCGCAAAUUAUACGUUAUAGUAAUACCACUGUGACGCCGGUUAGCGGUCAAAAUGGUGCUAUACGCGGCACACAAAUACAAUUGAUCAACGGUGUGCCCGUGGCGCCAACAGCAACACCGACGACUGUUAAUGCUGCCACAGCGGUGCGUACACCGGUCAUGGUGCGUCACGUGUUCCCCGACACUGCCAUCGGUCAGGCGCGUUCCCAGCUACAGGAUCAGGUCUUCAAUGCCAUGGAGAUUUGUCAGCAUCUCACUGGUAAAGUGCAAACGCUUACCAACUCGAAUGCUUACAAGCAGGCGCGUAAUUAUCUGGAAGUCAAGGAACUCUACAUACAUCUCUCAUAUCUGUUGACCUAUGCGAUUGGUCGUUUCAAGGGGUUGCAGGAUAAAUGUUUGGGCGAUAUGCGACAAUUGGGUUUCGUUAAUGACGCGGAUAGCUUGGAAAACGGCCAAUUGGCGGCAGACAAACAAGCCAGUGAUGAUGAGGACAACGAAAUCGAGAUUGUGGAACCUAAAACUGACACUAUUACGCUCGACUCGGACAAUGAAGACGAGGAGCCAGUCAAGCAAACGGACGCUGCGCCUAAAACACCACAGUUGAUUACCAUUAUUAACACCACUGCCACCAAUAGCAAUGCUGCGUCAACACAACAGCCAAGUCAAAUCAGCCCAGAUGGUAACCGGCAAAAGCUGAUAUUAAAACAACAAUUGACGCUUCCCAAAGGUACCACCAUUGUGCCCACUGCACCAGUACCAAGCUUGACUAAGCUGCCGGCCGCUGCCAACAGCAUAGCGAUUACGCUUGAAAAGUCCAAUGAGGGUAAUAAUAUGGAGGAGGUGGAUAUGAUGUCGGCGGCGAAAAAAUUCCUCGUCAGUCUGCUGGAGGUGGAUUCAGAUGCUGGUGAGGGCAGUGGGUCCACAGAUGGUGGUGAUUCGGCGCAGCAGCUACAGCAACGCAAGCAGCCGCGCAAGAAGACUACCAGCAAGCCGAAUCCGACACUAUUGAAGCAGAAGGAGUUGCUUGAGCGCGAACGUUUGGAGGAGAUGAAACGGAACGAUUUGAAAUUGAAAAUGAAAUGCGCCAUAACAUUGAAGAAGGCCGAAGAGGAAUAUCCAUUCGCUAGAGAUAUGUUGCAACAGCAUGAAAUUGAUGCAAAGACUGAAAAGCAAGCUAAAGAAGCGGAGCGUGCGGCAAGUGAAGAGCACCAAAUGGAGGUGGAUGGGAACGGCGAUGAAGGCGAUACAAAAGCAGCUAACAAGAGCAGUGAAACUGGCAAUGAGAAUGAGAAUGAUUCGGGAGAUUUGGAAAUACUCACGGUGAAUUUGGAGAGUUCCAUUGAUGAGGAUAAGGAGAGCGAAUUGGUGUUGGUUGGUGAAAAGUCGCCGACAGAGCAAAGUGUAGAAGUUGAGGAUAACGGUAAUGGCGGAAAAUAUACGAUUGUCAUGGAUGACGAGGAUGAGGGCAAAGAGAAAUCGCUGAUUAUCGAAGUUGAGGGCAAUAGCAGCAAUGAAAAGGAGUCAGUGAAAGUUGUGAUCAACGACAACACGGCGCACAGCAAUGACGACACCAACGAAAAGUGUAUGAAAACGAAGGUGGAAACCGUAAGCGAGUGCGCUAAGCGUGUGAUUGAGGGCUUGCAAGCUAGUGAAAAGCAGCAAGAGUUGGAGAAGAAAGAGCAACAACAACAACAAACUAAAGUGACACCCAUAGACACGACCAGCAACACGUCUGCUGACGACAUUAUCGAGCCGAUUGUAGUCGAAGAAUCCGAUGUUGCCGACUCGGAGGAUUCGCCCAUAAAGCAAAGCGGAAAAGUGUUGGAAUUACCAAAUGAGCACGCUGUUGCCGCAAAAAAAUCGGCAGAAAGUGCGUCGGUCGAUGAUGGGUCAGCUGCUAAGCGAGAGGCGCCCACAAAGAGUGGUUUAGCAGCGUGUGCGAUUAAGGCGGCGACCGAACGCGAAACGAAUGCCGUCGAAUUGAAUGAGCCCGAAAUCGACGUUGAAAAGGAAAUCGAAAUGUUACUUAUGAAGAAAGCACAAUUGCCCGAAGCUGAAACCAACAACGACACGAAUGCCCUCAAACCUAGCACAGCUGGUACGCAAGCUGUUAAAGCGACAACAGCGAAAGCUGCUACACCCGAGCUGCUGGGCGAACUGGUCGAUAACUUAUUGGAGAAUGCGAGCGCAGCGCUCACGUAAAAUGGGUUUGCCAGUCAUCUGCAAUCGCUCGAGGCAAUAGCAGUUGUUGUAGCUUUUUCCAUUUACGUUUUCAAUAUUUGUACUUCUUAGCAUUUAGCAUAUAGUCUCUGACGUUUCCAAGCUAUGCAAAAUUGCUUAAACUUAGUCUCUGUACGCCAGCGCGUAUAGAAUUUUAAGUUGUUAUUACAUUUGGAUAAUGCGUAGAUUUACGGCAUUAACUGUUAAAUUUUUGUAUUUAUUUUCGAUGUAAGAAAUUCGUAAAACAUCAAUUAUUUUUAAUUUACAAUCUCCUGUAAAAUAUGCGGAAUUUUUUAUGCUAUAACUGAAUGUACGUACUACUUCGAAAGCGUAAAGGUGAGUGAAAGUUCAUGUGCAUACGUACAUACGUAUUUACUAUUGCAGAAUACUUCGUAAAAAUGCACAUAAAUAGUUUCGUAAUGCUUCGCGUUAACAAUGAAACUAUUUAGAAACUAUAAAUAUGCAAUAAUUUAAUAUUAUAUAUUAAUUUGAAUUAAUUAUUCUGAGAUUCGCAUAUGUAUAUUGUAUAUAUAAAAUCAUUGCGCUGAAGUUAGAAUUAAAUAAACAUCAUUAAA